AUGGCCGACUUUCCAGAUAGUGAUCGGCCAAGAAAGAAGGCUCGCCUCAGUGACUCCACUGCGAGCACCGAGUCACCGCCAACAGAUGAGUAUAGUUGGGAUUGGCCUGCCGAUAUGGCUCCAUCGACCAUCAAACCCAUCAGCCCUCCUCCACUCACGCGCAGCAACAAUGGCAAGGAAAAGCAACAACAAAGGCCCACGAAAACACAACCUUCGCCAUUCCAAUUGACCAAGAUUCGCGACUUGCCAGCCUCAGCAAACGUCGACACAGUCACACUCUCGGACAUUCUCGGGGAUCCUAUGAUCAAAGAGCAAUGGCAGUUCAACUUUCUCUUGGACAUUGACUUUAUCAUGAGCCACCUUGAUGAGGAUGUUCGUGAUACGGUGCAGACCAAGAUCAUUCAUGGCUUUCACGACAAGAACAGUCUCUCUCGUAUCAAUCUCGAAGCUACAGCCAAAAAGUAUUCGAAUGUUGAAACAAUGCAUGUUUGGUUACCUGCCUACGGAACACAUCACUCCAAGAUCAUCAUCUUGAUUAGACAUGACGAUACUGCACAGGUUGUCAUCCACACAGCCAAUAUGAUCUCCCAAGACUGGACGAAUCUCACUCAAGCAGUCUGGCGGUCACCACUUCUACCAUUGUCCAGUGCAGAUGACGAGACACUGGAAGCUCCCAUUGGCUCUGGUGUUCGAUUCAAACGAGAGUUGCUCAACUAUCUGCAAGGUUACAAAAGCAAGUUCAGAGAUCCCACUCGCCCUCUUAUUGACCAGCUCAAGAAGUACGAUUUUUCUUCUGUCAAGGCUGCUCUUGUUGCAAGUGUGCCCGGUAAGCAGCAAGUCGGUACGAAUACCACCAACAGCAAACAAAGUCUUUGGGGAUGGCCUGGUCUAGAGCGGGUCCUGAAAGAACUUCCAGCUACUACACCAGCAAGCAAAGCUCGAAUCAAUGUUCAGAUAUCAUCGAUCGGCACUCUCUAUGAGAAGUGGUUGGACGGCUUCUUCAACGUUCUAAGAACGACUGUUGCCGGACAGCAACCAAAGCCUGAGCCAGCAUCAAUUCGGGUCAUUUUCCCUACUGCUGAUGAAAUUCGUCGCUCGUUGGAUGGCUACCAAUCUGGAAGCUCGAUACAUAUGAAGCUGAACUCAGACGUACAGAAGAAACAGUUGGUAUACAUGAAGCCUCUCCUGUGUACUUGGGCGGGUGACACAAACGGAGACCGGAACGGAGUGCAACAAGCAGGUCGCCGCCGUGCUGCGCCACACAUCAAGACCUUCAUCAGAUUCUCCAAUAAUGACUGCGACAAGAUCGAUUGGACCCUGGUGACAUCAGCUAACCUGUCGAAACAGGCUUGGGGCGAGAUGGCAAACAAGAAUUCAGAAGUCAACAUCUCGAGCUUUGAGAUUGGUGUCCUCGUGUGUCCACAGUGGCUUGCUGGCGAAGGAGAGAAGGCUCGUAUGGUACCGGUCUUCAAGAAAGACGAUCCUGACAUGGAUACCACCUCGGAAGAGUUCGACAAGUUAAUUGGCAUAAGAAUGCCAUACGAUUUGCCGCUUGCACCCUAUGCUGGAAAUGAGGUGCCAUGGUGUGCAGAGAGGUCGCACGACGAACCGGAUUGGAAGGGCGUCAUGUGGCAAACGUACAACCCAAGGGUGUGA